CCCGCCCAGCGCGGCUCAGCCCGGCGGGCGGACACGGGAUGUGGCCGGUCCCCGCCCGGCCGGGGCUCCGGGACUGCCGGGCUCGCUCGCUCGUUCGUUUCCGGGGCUGGCCCGUUCCGCUUCCUUCCGCGGCCAGAGGAAGAUGAACUUUGGACUUACAGUAUCAGUAUGAUAUUUUGACUUUUUAUCUUUGUACCUAGCAGAAAGAGAAGUAGCCAAGUAUAAAACACAGAGCUUCUGCUGAACAAGAGCAGUAGCAGAGUACAAGGAAAGAGACAAUGUCUUCUGAAACAGUCCAACAGGAAAGUCAMACACCUCCAAUAAAGCAACCUGGAUGGCCAAUGUUCUUUUGCCCCAUCUCCCAAAUUGAAGAUAGAGAGAUUGCAAGGAUCCGUAAAGAAUGCAAACAGGAAAGUUUCUGGCACAGAGCUCUUCCUUUGUCUCUUGGGAGCAUGCUUGUCACCCAGGGGCUAAUCUCAAAAGGUGUUUUCUCUGCAAGCCCAAGAUUUGGUCCAUACCCCAAGAUGGCAAUUGCUGGWGUCUUAGGUUUUGCCAUUGGAAAAUUGUCAUACAUGGGAGAAUGCCAAAAAAAGUUUCAGAAAAUUGGUAUUGCACCAUGUGGUCCACAACAAAAAAGACAGUGUCAUCAUGCUUGCAAAGAAUGUAAAGCAAAAUUGGGAUCAAAUGAGAAAGAAGGUUCAAUUCCUUCAGCAUCUUAGUCACAGACAGUCUAUACGGAGGAAUAUCCUAUCAGAACCUGGUUACUUGCCCAGAAGAGAGAUUCUGAUGGACUCUUACUAUGCAAAACUACGUUGUGGCAGUGAGGAUUGUCCUGAAAGAGCCAUUAGAAUAAAGUCCUGAUUUCAAUCAACUCUGCCACUGGUUCAGCAUUUUCAUUUUUUGCCCUCCAGAUCAGCUCUCUGCUCUGUUUUGGCAUGAGAAAAGGGGUAAAAAAACCUCAAAACUUUCUGAAGGGUUUCUUGCUAGUACCAGCAUCAAGGAGGGCAUGAGCCAGACUUACAUCAAUGAAUGACACCCUAAAUUCGUUAGCAGUGAUGAGCUUAAGCUCUUGCACCACUGAGCUGAUAAAAUGCUUUUGAAAAUUUUUCUYUUAAAUAAGAACUUAUGUAGGCUCACUUACGUCAAAUAAGGACCCCAAAGCAUGUUUUAUAUUUAAUUGAGGAUGGUCACAUAUUAGCAAUUACAUGUGUAGAGAAAUCAAAUAUUUAUGGUGGGAUUUACC